AUGGCUGGCUCUUCCUCCCCGGCUGGAAAGCCUGAGAAGACCAUGUCGUCAAAUCUAUUGACCAUGAAGUUUAUGCGACGUGCUGCGGCUGCGAAAGAAACUCAAAGCCCAUCUUCUGAUUCCGGCCCCAACAAUUCCAAGCGCCCCCGUCUCUCUACCGAGGCUGAGAGCCCUCGCACCUCAGAUAUGGAUGCGAUCGCGGCUGCGCUUGCUGCUGAGGAAGAAAAGCGACAGCAAGCUGUCGCACGAGCAGCUGCAGAGGCAGGUGAGACACAAUGGGUCUUGGAUGUCCCUUCUACACCCCAGGUCGCUCAGCAGCCUAUGGUCUUGGCGGCGGACUCGUUGGAUGCAGAUGACGAUACCUACUCCGGUGGACGGCGGGCGUAUGGCAAUUUCAAGCGCAAAGAGCGCAAGCCACAAACUACACCAAGCAAGGAUGGUGAGGAUGGUGAAGAUGAGGAUGAUUACGAUGAGAUAAUCAACCCAUCGAAUCCACAAGAGGUCGAGAAAAUGAUGGAAAAGGCCAGACUCAAGGCAGAAGCCAAAGCCAGAGGAACCUCUCGACAAAAGCUCUCUGAACUCACUAGUAUCUCUGGGUCCGGCCGGGGGUCUUUGUUGGGAGCCCCGUCCUCUGACAAGAAGAAGAAGAAGAAGCGCAAGAGCUACUAA